GUACUCUUUCGCCGACGUGUCAGCCACAAACUUUUGCCCCAUCUGCACGUUCACCUCUUCACCGCCACCUAGCCCUCAACCUCCAUCGACACCCCCAAAGCCGCCAUCGCCACUGCCUCCUUCUCCUGCUCCCAAGCCACCAUCGCCACUGCCUCCUUCUCCUGCCCCUGCUCCAAAGCCGCCGUCGCCUUUGCCACCCUCCCCUCUGCCACCAUCACCUAAGCCUCCUUCGCCGGUUCCCCUUUCCCCCCAACCCCCGUCGCCACUACCUCCUUCGCCCCAACCGCCGUCGCCACUACCACCGUCCCCCCAGCCUCCCUCGCCACUAUCACCGUCCCCACAGCCUCCCUCGCCACUACCACCGUCCCCUCAGCCUCCCUUGCCACUACCACCGUCGCCACCCACUCCUCCUCCCGCUCCUCAGUCGCCUCCGUCACCUCCUCCGUCUCCCAUGCCGCCGCGUCUGCCUCCGUCUCCCCAGCCACCUUCGCCUUUUCCUCCCUCCCCACAGCCACCAUCACCUGCUCCUUCACCUGAGCCACCGUCUCCUGCUCCUCCCUCCCCACAGCCACCAUCACCUGCCCCUUCUCCCGAGCCACCCUCGCCCGCUCCUCCCUCUCCCGAGCCACCCUCGCCCGCUCCUCCCUCUCCCGAGCCACCCUCGCCCGCUCCUCCCUCUCCCGAGCCACCCUCGCCCGCUCCUCCCUCUCCCCAACCACCCUCGCCCGCUCCUCCCUCUCCCCAACCACCAUCACCCGCCCCUUCGCCUGAGCCGCCAUCCCCAGCUCCACCCUCUCCUCAGCCGCCAUCCCCAGCUCCACCCUCUCCUCAGCCGCCAUCCCCAGCUCCACCCUCUCCUCAGCCGCCAUCCCCAGCUCCACCCUCUCCUCAGCCGCCAUCCCCAGCUCCACCCUCUCCUCAGCCGCCAUCCCCAGCUCCACCCUCUCCUCAGCCGCCAUCCCCAGCUCCACCCUCUCCUCAGCCGCCAUCCCCAGCUCCACCCUCUCCUCAGCCGCCAUCCCCAGCUCCACCCUCUCCUCAGCCACCUUCGCCCGCUCCUCCCUCUCCCAAACCACCGUCUCCUGCUCCUCCCUCUCCCAAACCACCGUCUCCUGCUCCUCCCUCUCCCCAGCCACCGUCGCCCGCUCCUCCCUCUCCCCAGCCACCUUCCCAACCGCCUCCUUCCCCCGCUCCCCCGUCUCCCACACCUCCUUCGCCACCACCACCAUGCCCGGUGUGCGCUUUUGUGACCAUCGUUCCUCCUGCACAGUUGGGCAACAAGACCCUGAUCACCUUUGGCAGUGGUCUCUCGUGCUCUGUUGGCGAGCUCAUCGUUUCAAGUCUGAACACAGCCACAUCCUUCUAUGGCGCCAAGGUCAUGGUGCCCUUCUCGCUAAUCGAAUGCUCGGCAGCCUACAACAACAGUGUCGCGCCGCCUGUUUACCCUUACGUGAAGGUAUGUGGUACCUUCUUCUCGAACGCUGAUGGCGCCAAGCUGGGCGACUGGCUGCAGACUCCUCUGGUAGGCCUUGAGAUGUGGGUCAACAACGUCACCAACAUCUGCCCAGACUACCUGUCUGGCUACAAGGUGUAUAGCGACGUGUACGAUCCCAGCGGUGUUGGCACCUGCCUCAACGGUCACUUUGAGCACUCGUGCGCUGCGAACCCAGACCCCUUCGCACCGCCGUCGCCCAAGUGGAAGCCUUCGCCGCCCCUGCCGAUGCCCCCGUCGCCAAAGCCCCCAUCGCUCACGCCCCCGUCGCCAAAACCCCCAUCGCCUAUGCCCCCAUCACCCAAGCCUCCAUCGCCCAAGCCCCCAACGCCCAAGCCUCCAUCCCCGCGGCCUCCGGUGCCAACGCCUCCAGCGCCGCCUCUGGUCGCUACCCACGACUGCGUUCAGAGCACGGCGAAUGUUCCGUACAGAGUGGGACAGCUGUUUACCAUUAGCACCAUGGAUCAGUAUAACAAGACAGCGGUCGGCAUGUGCGUCAAGGUGGCAUCGCAAGCCUGCAUUGCGUCGAAGUACUGCUGCGGUAUGGAGUUUGCGAAGGUUGAGGUCCCUAUCGCGCCAUCUUGCAAGAGCGAGUUUCGACAGCUUAUGGUGAACUACAAGUCCAUGACUAACAGCUGGGGCGACUACGCCCCCAUCCUAACCCUCAAGUUCACCGAUCUUGUCAAUGUUCUCCCGAGCCCCAACAAUGCAACUCUGUGCUGGGUUGUUCGCCCUGGAGCGUGCGCUGACCCCGCCAACUUCUGCUUGAACGGACACUGCCAGGUCUCCAUCUUCUCGUCAAACAACAAGUGCUGUCCCGCAACACUGGUGUCAUAAGGGGACGACAUGUGUCGAGGUUCUGUCCUGACUAGACCACCAAUGAGGGCUAUUAUAUCGCUUGCGCAAUAGCAGGCCAGUGCGUAUGUACGGCAGGAUAUUCGCAAGAUAUUGAACGCGCAAUGGUUGCUAAUGGUUGCUUAUAUACCGUAGGUUGCAGGUUUCCUUGCAUAGUUUUGCGCACUGUACCUUCGUUUCUAAAUUGGCCUCUUAUCUUCGUUUUCACCACGUCACUUCUCAAUUCCCUUCGACCUUCGGUUGGCAGGUCUUGCUUUACUAAGGCUGUAGCGCGUUAUUCAUUAUGGUCGUAAUUGCAUAGGAUUACUCGUUUAUACUGAUAUAUAUUAUUCAUUGCCUCUUAUUUCCACAAUGCAGCAACAAUAUUCGUAGUCCGUUUCGUGUUGCUGAUGGUGGCAAUUGGCCAAGGACGAUUUGGACUACAACUCUCGGUCUUAACGUCUGCACAUGUAACUUCCUG